AUGGCCUUCGAGGCCGGAAUGAACCUCGAAGGAGUGCGAGACGAGGUGAGGUGCCGCGCUUUCCCGGUCACCCUGGCAAGCCCGGCGAUACGGUGGUUCAAUAGCCUCCCGCAGGGUUCUGUAGCCGCCUUCUCGGACAUCAGCCGUGCCUUCUUGGCGCAAUUCACUACUAGAAUCGCGAAGGCAAAGCACCCAAUCAAUCUUCUCGGCGUGACCCAACGUGCCGGGGAGACGACCAGAAAGUAUCUAGAUCGGUUCAACGACGAAUGCCUGAAAAUCAAAGGACUAACCAACUCUGUGGCCAGCCUUUGUCUGACGAAUGGCCUUCUUAAUGAGGAUUUCCGAAAGCACCUCACCACUAAACCGGUCUGGACGAUGCAUGAGAUCCAGACCGUAGCCAAGGAAUACAUAAAUGAUGAGGAAGUCAGCCGAGUCGUGGCUGCCAACAAACAGCAGCCCUCCCACAAUCAACCCAGGCACCAUGGUAACAGAGAAAGGCAGAAGGAACAGGUCAGAGACGGGGGGCCGAGCAAGGCACUCAGACCGUCUCCCCGGAUAGGAAAAUUCACCAACUACACCCCACUCACUCUCCCAUCAUAG